ACUCCCGAGCUCCAAAAUGCACAGCACAGAACCACUAUUCUUGCACCCCGCUCUGACACCUGAUCUAUCCUCCCGGCUUCUUAUGCAAACAUUCAACUAAAUAUAGAUAGUGCGAGCUUCUGAUUCUGCUCAUUCAUGGCUCAACAGGAUGAGGGAUGGCCUUUCGGCUUACAGCCAUUGAAUGCGAGGAUUGGUUUAGCUGGAAACCGUGACAAUUCUGGUUCUGUCUCAUUCAACACCGCUGUCACGGGUUCUCCUUCUUUCUCUUCUUCUACAGAUUCUUCUUCAGAUUUAGACACAGAGUCAACUGGGUCAUUUUUCCCGGACAAGAGUAGGACGCUUGGGAGCCUGAUAGGCGUGUCAAGCAUUUUGGAGCUAUCGAGAAGAUCACUGAGAGGGGUAAAGACACAAGUGUUGAAGAGAAAGAAGGGAGAGAAAUCCAAUUGGAGGUCAUGGUUAGGGCGUUCAUGCUGGAGGACCAACCAUGAUGCCGGCAAUGAAGGGAAGGAGAAAAAUGUUGCGUCACUUGGCCAUUUUCUAGCUGAGGAAAGAAAAGCAACUAUUGAGAACAGAAGGAACCAAAGCAUCCCCAUAUAUGGACCUGACGAUGACUUUGUAUUGGCUCAAACCCAAAACACGGGACAAUCAAAUUCUCUGUUUGUUAACGGCAACGUUGCUCCCCCCAACUGGGUGCAUCCAAGGAGAGAAAGGAAACGAGGGGGAUCAACACAAAUCAAUCGUUUUGGCUCCCUUGCGGCCUUGUUUUCCUUUGCCUGUGUGCGUGCACAAUCUGCCCCAGCCUAA